UGUAGCAACACCAAGUGCCCUUAGACGUUCAUUCAGUGCCUAUAAAAUUCACCCACAGACAUGCUGUCAAUACUGAGGCAUCUAUUUGGUAGACAGAAUGGACAACAUGGAGAGACCAGAGUCAGGAAGAAGGAAGCUGGCCCUAGGUCUCACUGGAAAACGUGGGGAAACCAGUGGUCCUCAGGAAGAUGCAUGACCACUGGGGAGGCACCAUCCCAACUCUCCACCUUCACUGAGCAGGAGCAGGAAAUGAACGAUGUGGAGAAACUCAUCUUUCAGCUGCAGAGUAUGGCAUAUGAGCGAAUUGAGCUCUAUGGAAUCUUGGACACUUACACCAACAUGGAUUUGAAGAACAGGAUGGAUUCUCUGGAGAUGCUGAAAAAGGAGCAUAAGCAGGUGAUGUCGGACCUGCAGAAAUUGCCUGUGGAGAUCAUUGAUGCCUUGAACAGGUGCAAGCGGCUGGUUGAAGAGAAAGAAUCCUACAGCCUGAAACUCCGAGAUUUGGCUCAGCUGAAAAGAAAUGUAUGUGAGUUGAGGCUGGAGAACAGAAAGCUGUGGGAGGAGCAGGUUGCACUUCAGGAGUCCUGUGAGGAGGUGAGGAAGCUCUUGAAGGAGGCCCACGAGAAGAUCUGUGACCCCUGUGCUGAGCAGCAGCAGGAGCAAGAGAGCCUGGAUGAAAGACUGAAGGACCUGCUGAAGCAGAAGGAGCCGGUCCCCCAGCAAGGGGACUUGGCAGACAAGCUGCACUGUCACUUCUAUAUCUCUGAGAAGAGGUCGGACAGUCUCCCGUCUGAGUUGGAACAGGCCACAGUCCAGGAUGAGAGUCUCCUGCAGACAGAGCUGCUGCAGGAGGAGCACUAAGUCUCACAGCAGAUCUUGAGAGACCUGAGGAGGCCAAAGAAGCCAUAGACACCUUGAACAGAUGACAUUCUACACCUUCAGAUCAAUGCCUCCUCAGAAGAAGACACCCCCUUAUAGCUGUGAACUCACCAGUGAGGCAUAUACCAGCUGACCUCCAGGUGAUCCAGGCCCAAUCAGAUCCAUGGGUCUCUUGACCCAGUACUCCUGAAGAAAAGAAAGCAUCACAAAUGAGCUGGAGAUACAGAAAACCUGAGACAAGAAUUACUGAGAACCCUGACACUCAACAGAACGUGGUCCAUGUAAGGAGUACAACAUGGAAAGUAGAGAUGUUGGUGAGCAAGGCUUUUUCUUUCAGUUUAGUGUGGAAGGCUUUGGCAGCUGAUUGAGUCCUCAGCCCUCUCUAUGCAGAGUAAAUCCAUCACAGAAGACUGUUGAUAUCAAGCUGUUCCAGACAGGCCACACCCCAAAGCAUCAUAUUUUGUUCUCCAGCCCAGCGGUUGAAGCUGACUCGAUGUCAUGUACAAGUGUUGCUGAAGAUGAUGCCCUACAGAGAUGGUGGCAGUCCCUCACUCCUCCUGUUAGCCAUUUUUCCCUCCGUAUGUAAAAUGAGUGGGUAUUCUUCAGUCUUCACUGAGGUGACUGGUCCUGAGAAAGGAUUUAUAGAAGACAUCUGAGUCAUCUUUGAUGUUCUUGGGCACUCAGAUGCUGCCCACGGGUGUGUUGGGUCUCUAGGAAGCACACAAAUGUAUGCUGACUGGAACAAUCAAACAGUGGGCAAAACAUUACAGGAUUGGCAGUGGGUGAUAAUUUAUUAAAAGCUUCCCAUAGGUUCACAAA